AUGGAUACGUCAGCAUCCAGCAUCGCAGCAUCAACGAGCAUCAAAAAUGAACCAUCUGCAGAGAUCGAGGCGAAGAAGCGUGGUGCCACCUUUUGCACUCCGCAACCACCGCGCAACAUGCAGGCAGUUAACUGGGACGCUCAUUACAAUCUGCACAACGGGCUAACGUUUCGCGUCGGCCUGGACCAGGCACUUGAUUUGAACGAUUUCAACCUUGUGGCGGGACAGCUGCUCCGGUUCAUGAAGUUAAACCGCCGAACGGAACUAGAGUGUGAAGCGUGUGGCGAUCGGAAGAAGUCCCACCUCGGGAUGGCCUCGCACCUGAGUACGUGCGGUUUCACGAAGGAGGAGCUCGAAGCGCGGAAGGUAAGCUGUGAGCACUGCAACCGGCGCAUGUUGGCCAUCAGUUUGCCGGCCCAUUUGGCAUCCUUCUGCCGGGUGCUGAAGAGCAGGCAAAUGGAGUCGCUGAGCAUGGCAAAAGCACAAGCAGCUGUCGAGCAGGACCGAAUGGACCAGGAGUUGAACGCCAGCGGCCGACUGAAGCGCCAAUCCGUUGCGUGUGCGGAGCAGAAGAUUAAAAAAAUUGCCGAGGACAUGACCAACACCUCGAAGGAGUUGAUUCUUCAAAUCGCUCCCGGAAUGGUAAGCCCGGGUACGAUCAAACUUUGGCAAACGCAGCUUCAGUUCUCGAAACAACCGAAGUGUUGCUUCGACACGUGCACCUUCACCGCGGGGACUGAAAAGGAACUGGUCGCCCACCACGGUCAGUGUCCGCUGGGUGUGCAGAAGCGCACCGAAACGUUCUUCGAGUGUGCCAUUUGCUGCCAAUUUUCUUCACGGCGAGAAGUUAUCCGAAAACAUGUGAUGAGAUGCCACUCGAAAGAGAUGGCCCUACUAUCGGCCAGCGAGAGCGGCGGUGACAGUGAUAGGAGCGACGGAGCGCCGCCAGCGAGUGAAAGUGGCACGGACGAUAAUACGUCGCUGAGCAGCGGUGUGCCAGAAGACGAGGACGAAAUGCGGCUCGAGAAACGUUCAAAGACGGUCGGCGGCAAGCGAGGGGCGCGCGGUGGUCAAAAAUCACGGGCUGUUGGCCGUAAAAAGCCCGGGACGGAGACCAGCCGCCAAGGUGGAAAUAAAUCCAUCGACACGAUGGACGGGGAACCGUCCUACGUCGUAGACGAUUCGGAUGUCUACCGAGACAUGGUCCUCGAGGAAGCCAACGAGUAUCGGAUGAAAAAAACUGUCUUCCACGUAACGUGCACCGAUAUGAUGACGCGGUUCCGGAAGGUGCACUACAGCACACCAGUGCUGUUCGAACACCUACUGCCCGAUGUGGACGUUCGGUUUCUAGCGAUGCUCUCCACGAGAGACUACCUUCCCAGGAGUGGCCACUCGAUGCGGUUUCGUGUGAGAAGCGUGUCUUCUUACGAUACGCCCUACAGCGACAGUCUCACCGAGGGUUGGCAGCAGUUGCCAGUGUUUCAAGCGAAACAGCUUACCGGCCACGAGUCGGUGCUGUUCUGUGGGGGUCCGGUAACAGCGAUCGAUUGGCUUCCAGUGCCCGACCUAGCGCCUGAUUCGGCUGCCGAUCAGAUAAUGGCCCUGGCCUGCAAAUCGAGCUUCGCCGAGUCAUACAACUGCGAGCAGCUAGCGUUGCAACCUCAAAGAAAGUGUCUAAUCCAAAUCUGGAACGUUGGACCAUUGCAAAACAAAGACCUUCACCGCGCUACUUCGGUGAGAAGUCCCCAGCUGACGUUCGCGAUCGCUUGUGAUUUUGGUCCCAUCUGGCAGCUGGCAUUCUGCCCGAGUGGAUGUUACAAUGAGCGCCUCAAAGGGGAUCGUAUCGAUCGACUGGGGCUCCUCGCGGCAACCGGAUCCGAUGGGGAUGUGUACAUGUUUGCGCUUAGCCGGAGCAUGGUGAGCGUUCCGGCCGGAACUACUAGCGCGGCAACUGCUGCACCACGAGUCGUACACCUGCAGCCAGUUCUACGCCUUUCCCUGACAUUGACCGUGCACGGCAGGUCAGCUGGACUGUCCUCAUCGCCGGCUACCGAUUUCACUGGCCACAGUGUAGUGAAGCUCGCUUGGACGCGUGCCCAAGGGCAUGGUGCGUUUGCCGCUGGCUUCUCGAACGGUGUCGUUGCGGUGUGGAAUCUAGAAACCCGUUCACCGUUGCUUACUGGUGUCAAGAACGGCAUCCGGACGAUUCUUCCGACCCACAAAAUGCUUCACACGAACAAUGGCGCCGUGACGGCGCUCGAUCUCCACUACGCCGAAGCUACCCGCUUUCUGGUGGUCUGCAAUGCCGAUCGACGACUCAAGGUGUAUGAUAUCCACUCGGGUCGCUAUCAACCGCUCGAGGUGUGCAACAUAGUGACCCGAAGCCGCUGUACGGCCGUUCGCUGGUUGGUGCACUUUCCGGUGCUGACCAUGAUCUACGACGAUAGUUACGCGCUCGAUCGGUGCGGCUACACCAUCCACCAGCCGCGUGAGAUUGGACUCCGCAUGUUUCCCUUGUGUUCCAUCGGUGCGGAAGCGACGGAUAUGAGCGCCAACGAGUGGCUAGGCACGAACAUGUUUGCCACCGACGGAGGCGACCUGUUGUGUCACCGACCAAUAGCAUUUGUGUGCAAUACGCAUGAGAGGAAAUCGACGCAUAUGCUAACAUCUACGGAGACCAUCCGUUUGGACGAUAACACUGACGAUUUUACCGAUCUUUCAUCCUACGAAACUUUCUCCGGCCGGUUCGGGCUCUUAUUCUCCGACACUGAUGGGUGUAAGAACAAAACGGACACGAAAUCGCUGCAGGUGAAAAGCCUACGACGAGCCCCAUUCGGUCAAUACUCCGCCACCCGGAUCACGCAGGUAUGCUUCAACCCGAACAGUUCCUCGUAUCAAUACUACGCGAUCGGUUACCAGGCCGGCUUUGUGCGUAUUCGUGGGCUACGGUUGUAGCUUCGGU